AUGUAUCUCAACACCUCGAGAAAGCCCCCCAGCCGUAAAGGCUCUAUGCACGAUGUGCCCAAAGAUCUGAUGGACCACAUCAAGGAGCUGGAGAAAAUCUUUACCAUUGAUACUCCUAAGCUUCAUGAAAUUGUCGAUGUUUUUGUGGAGGAGCUCAAAAAAGGUUUGGCAAAGGAGGGCUCAACAAUUCCCAUGAACCCUACAUGGGUUAUUGGAUACCCUACUGGAGACGAAACAGGAACCUACCUUGCUCUUGAUAUGGGUGGAACAAAUCUUCGUGUAUGUGAGGUUGAGCUACCCGAAGAGAAGGGGCAGUACGACAUCUACCAAUCUAAGUACCGCCUGCCCGAAGAGAUCAAGAACGGUACUGGUGAACAGCUGUUCGACUAUAUCGCAGAGUGCGUCAAGCAAUUUUUGAUUGCCAACCACGAGGGCCAGGAUAUCAGCGAGCUCAAGGAGCUGCAUCUCGGUUUCACUUUCUCGUAUCCAUGUACACAAAACGCUAUUGAUCAUGGUAUCUUGCAACGUUGGACAAAGGGCUUUGAUAUCGAUGGUGUUGAAGGCCAUGACGUCGUGCCGAUGUUUGAAGCAGCUUUGGAGAGAAAGGGUGUUCCUAUCAAAAUUACCGCUUUGGUGAACGAUACUACCGGAACUUUGAUCGCUUCUGCCUACACCGACAAUACUACAAAGAUUGGAUGCAUCUUUGGAACAGGAUGCAACGCUGCUUACAUGGAGGAGGUCGGUUGUAUUCCCAAACUUGCACACAUGAACCUUGACCCUACCCUUCCUAUUGCCAUCAACUGUGAAUGGGGUGCGUUCGACAACGAGCACCGCGUGCUUCCUCGCACUACCUACGACAUCCAUAUCGACAAACACUCUCCUCGCCCUGGACAGCAAACCUUCGAGAAGAUGGUCGCAGGUCUCUACUUGGGCGAGAUCUUCCGUUUGGUUCUCGUUGACUUGUAUGCCAACCCGGAUGUUAGUCUUUUCAAAGAUCAAGAUAUCAGCGCAUUGCAGGUGGAAUAUUCCCUCGAUGCGUCUUUCCUGGCUGAGAUUGAAAGUGAUCCAUGGGAAAAUCUGAUGGAGACCCAUGCGCUCUUCGAGAAGAAGCUCAAGAUCGCCCCAACGGAACCCGAGCGCAAGCUUAUCCGCCGUCUUGCUGAGUUGAUCGGCACCCGCGCCGCGCGUCUAUCUGCCUGUGGUGUUGGAGCUAUUUGCAAGAUGAAGGAUAUCAAGUCUUGCCACGUCGGUGCUGAUGGCUCUGUAUUCAACAAGUACCCUAACUUUCAGCAACGAGGAGCACAUGCUCUCCGUGAAAUCUUCGGCUGGGACAAAUCUGUGAGGAAAGAUCCUAUCCAGAUUGUUCCUUCUGAAGAUGGAAGUGGUGUUGGCGCUGCUCUGAUUGCCGCCUUGACCAUGAAGCGUAUCAGGAGAGGUAUCCAUGCGGGUGUGAACGUCAAGAGAAAGAACUCUCUUAUUCCCCCAAUCCCUUAA